AUGACGGACCGCUACACAAUCCACAGCCAGCUGGAGCACCUGCAGUCCAAGUACAUCGGCAUGGGCCUCCCCAACACCACCGAGUGGGAGUGGCUGGUAAACCAGCACCGCGACUCCUGCUGCUCCUAUAUGGACCACUUCGACCUGCUCAACUACUUCGCCAUGGCGGAAAACGAGAGCAAAAAUAAAUAA